UAAAAGUCAAUAAAUAUUCCAGUGGAAUCACUCCAAACUCCAGAGAGAUGUGCUGCUAAUCACACUACUGUUGAACCAAGUCAAUAAUGUAUUUUGCUGUCAAAACGGUGACACAAUAACAUCGCAGUCACACUCAAUGUUCAUCAUUGAAAGAUCAGAGGGAGCCUUACAGCUGGUGUUUACCAGAACAACAGAGCAGAAUAUCACACUCCUCCUCUUCCUGCAUCUGUCUCCCCUCAUGAAUGUUCAUGCAUAAAUACUUGAAUGCAUCAUAUAAGAUGGUGACGUAAAUAGGACAAGUAUGUUCACACUCCAGCGGGAGCUUAAACUCCUGCUGCUUGUCCUGAUUUAACGGAGCAUGGAGUUUGGAGAGAUGCUGUGACCUGCACAAUCACGCACACACACACAUUGUCUGAUCCUCAUCUGCGCUCUUUCCUAUUGCCAAUAGGUCCUGAUUAUCUCAAACCAGGGGUCUCAGGGCCAAAACAAUUCAAGUAGGGCACACACACAGCACAGUAUCCUGUGAUAGAACCACUAUCAGCACCUGACACCUCGAAAACAGGAAAAACGUUUCAGCAGGAGCACAGAUGUGUCGGAGUGUUUGGGGGAGGAGCAUGGACACAACUAUAAAAGCCCUCCAGAGAAAUCUAAACUUCACUCCGCUGACUAAGGAGAGACCUCCGUCAUGUCGUACUAUGAGCACAUCUUCUUCGACUAUGACUUCAAUGACACGGGUUCUGGCUCUGGGUCUGGUGACCUGGGCGAGGAUCUGGAGGAGCCUUGCGGCGUGGAGCACGUGAUGACUGCUGACCUUCAGCAGAUCUUCUUGCCCGUGGUCUAUGCCCUCAUCUUCACCCUGGGCAUUACUGGAAACGGCCUGGUUGUCAUCGUGCUGGGCUGCCAGCGCAGGUCGAAGUGCAGCCUCACAGACCGGUAUCGACUCCAUCUCUCAGCCGCUGAUCUCCUCUUUGUUCUGGCCCUGCCGUUCUGGGCGGUGGACGCAGCCAUGGCUGACUGGCGCUUUGGAGCUGUCACCUGUGUCGGCGUGCAUGUGAUCUAUACAGUCAACCUGUAUGGCAGCGUGCUCAUCCUGGCGUUUAUCAGUCUGGAUCGCUACCUGGCAGUAGUCCGAGCUACAGACACCAACACCAGUUGGCUGAGGCAGCUGCUGGCAAACAGACUGGUGUAUGUGGGUGCCUGGUUGCCUGCUGGCCUGCUGGCAGUGCCCGACUUGAUAUUUGCCCGAACUCAAGAAGGAGGAGAAGGGACGACUCUGUGCCAGCGAUUUUACCCAGAAAGCAACGCUCCUCUCUGGGUCGCGGUCUUCCACCUCCAGCUCGUCCUGGUGGGUCUGGUGAUCCCAGGCCUGGUCCUCCUGGUGUGUUACAUGGUGAUCGUCACCAGGCUGACCCGAGGCCCGCUGGGAGGCCAGAGGCAGAAGCGGCGAGCGGUCAGGACCACCAUCGCUCUGGUGCUCUGCUUCUUUGUGUGCUGGCUGCCCUAUGGAGCGGGCAUCUUUGUGGACACUCUGCUGCGCCUGGAAGUGCUGCCCCGGAGUUGCAACCUGGAGGUCGUCCUGAGCGUGUGGCUGGCGGUGGCUGAGCCGAUGGCGUUCGCCCACUGCUGCCUGAACCCGUUGCUGUAUGCUUUCCUGGGCGCAGGCUUCAAGAGUUCAGCCCGCAGAGCCCUGACUCUGAGCCGAGCCUCCAGUUUGAAGGUUUUACCACGAAGACGCGCCGGGGCCUCCACGACCACAGAGUCCGAGUCAUCCAGUUUACAUUCCAGCUAGUGUUUGCUUGUGCUGUGUGCAUGUGUGUGUGUGUCUGUGUGUGUGUGUGUGUUUGUAUAUACUGUAUAUGUGUGUGCGUGUGUGUACAUGUGUGUGUAUUUGUAUUUACUGUAUGUGUCUGUGUUUUCAAGUUUACACAAAGUAUCUGAGAAAUUUAGGAGCAGUCUGCUGGCACAUGACUUGUCUUCUCCCUUUCUCUUGUAAAUAGUGUUAUAAGAGUUGUUUUCAAUACUGCUGUGCUUGUAUGCUGUUGUAAACAUUUGUAAUAAAACAUAGAAAAUAUAUUUGUGAAAGCA